AUGCGCAUUCUUCCACGGGAACAGGAAAGGCUUCUCCUACACCAGGCUGGCUUUCUUGCUCAAAAGAGGCUCGCUCGGGGACUUAGGCUCAACCAGACAGAGGCUACAGCCUUGAUUGCAUCCCAACUUCAAGAGCGCAUCCGUGAUGGAAAGAAUUCUGUUGCAGAGCUAAUGCAACAUGGCAAAACGCUACUUGGGAGGAGGCAUGUGUUGCCUAGUGUUCCCAGCCUAUUACACCAGAUUCAGGUUGAAGGGACAUUCAAAGAUGGAGUAUUUCUUGUCACUGUUCACGAUCCAGUCUGUACGGAGGAUGGAAAUUUGGAUGCCGCACUGUACGGUUCAUUCCUCCCAAUUCCGUCUCUUGAUAUGUUCCCUAUCGUCGACCCUUCCGAAUACGAGCGCAAUAAUUCCCCUGGGGCUGUCAUUGCGAGAAAAGAAAGGAUUACGAUCAAUCAAGGUAGAGAGCGGCUGAGAGUGAGAGUGACAAACAACGGUGAUCGCCCAAUUCAGAUCGGAUCCCACUAUCAUUUCAUCGAAACAAAUGCAGCUUUGAUGUUCGACCGUGGCAAGGCUUACGGAAAACGCCUUGACAUCCCUGCAGGAACAGCUGUUCGAUUUGAACCUGGGGAUACUAAAGUAGUGACACUCUGUACAAUCUCAGGGGCAAAGCUCAUCACGGGAGGGAAUGCGUUGGCAACAGGCGUGUUCGAUAUUUCUCGGACCGACAGCAUCGUGCACAGUCUUAUCCAAAAAGGCUUUGGACAUACACCGGAACCAGGAGCUCUUGUAGUAAACGAAGAUACCGAUAUCGCACGCGAUGCAUAUAUCGCUAUGUAUGGACCAACAGUCGGAGACCGAAUUCGUCUUGGAGACACAGAGCUGUGGAUCGAAGUUGAACGCGACGAGACAGUGUAUGGUGAUGAAGUCAAGUUCGGGGGAGGUAAAUCCAUCCGUGAGGGCAUGGGUCAAGCAACCAACAGGCCAUCUUCCGAAACCCUUGAUCUUGUGAUCACAAAUGCCCUCGUCGUCGAUUGGUCUGGCAUCUAUAAGGCUGACGUCGGCGUCAAAAACGGAAAGAUUAGCGGUAUAGGCAAGGCCGGGAACCCCGACGUGAUGUCCUCCGUCCAUCCUGACCUAGUCAUUGGGUCCAGCACAGAAGUCAUAGCAGGCGAAAAGCUCAUUCUGACUGCGGGUACAAUCGACGCCCACGUACAUUUUAUCUCUCCUACCCAGGUGACUGAGGCACUAGCAGCGGGGACAACGACCAUGAUCGGCGGGGGCACGGGGCCAAGUUCGGGUACGAAUGCCACGACCUGCACUCCCAGUCCUUUCUACAUGCAACAUAUGUUCGCUGCAAUGGAUGGUCUGCCGAUGAAUUUUGCCAUCACGGGUAAAGGGAAUGAUGCAGGUCCGAAGGCUUUGGAGGAUAUUAUCAAGGCAGGGGCUGCUGGGCUGAAACUGCAUGAAGAUUGGGGAUCAACGCCAGCAGUGAUCGUGAACUGCUUGGAUGUUGGAGACAAGUACGAUGUACAGGUCAAUAUACACACGGACACUUUGAACGAGAGUGGUUUCGUCGAAAGCACUAUUGCUGCCUUCGGAAAUCGCACGAUCCAUACGUAUCAUACGGAAGGGGCUGGUGGAGGACAUGCUCCUGAUAUCAUUGUCGUGUGUGGCCUUGACAACGUACUUCCUUCUUCCACAAACCCUACUCGUCCCUUUACGAAUAACACUCUUGAUGAACACUUGGACAUGCUCAUGGUCUGUCAUCAUUUGGACAAGUCUAUUCCCGAAGAUCUCGCGUUUGCCGAAUCUCGCAUUCGUGCCGAAACUGUCGCAGCUGAGGAUGUCUUACACGACACUGGUGCCAUAUCGAUGAUUAGCUCCGACUCGCAAGCCAUGGGCCGUGUUGGUGAGGUUGUGAGUCGAACGUGGCGAACGGCAAGCAAAAUGCGAGAAGUCAGAGGGCCUCUCACGUCUUUGGGCGACGGCGAUGGUGUCGACAACGGAAGAGUCAAAAGAUAUAUCGCGAAAUACACCAUCAACCCGGCUAUUACACAUGGCAUAAGUCAUCUCGUAGGGCAUGUCAAAGUUGGAACUCUCGCGGAUCUCGUCCUCUGGAAACCCGAGAACUUUGGGAUCAAGCCUGAGAUGGUACUUAAGUCAGGCGUCAUCGCUUGGAGCCAGAUGGGCGAUGCGAAUGCCUCAAUACCAACAGUUCAGCCUUUCUUGGGGAGGCCAAUGUGGGGUUCCUAUCCCUCGUCUGCGGCGCUUAAUUCGGUCUACUUCGUCUCUGAGAUAUCCAUCACCUCCGGUGUCGUAGCGUCUUACGGUCUGUCUAAGCGUUUCGAAGCGGUCCGUGGCUGUAGAAAUGUGACGAAGAAGGAUAUGAAGUGGAACGAUGCAACACCACAAAUGAAGGUCGACCCUGAGACUUAUGAGGUGCAUGCAGACGAGAUACUGAUGGAUGCCCCGCCAGCGGCGAAGCUGCCUCUGGCUAGGAUCUAUAAUCUUUUUUGAUGUUAUCGUUCGUUCUUCGCUUAGUGUACGUUAUUGUAAAGACAAUUAUGUAUCGUCUCA